AUGAAGCUAAUAAAUUACAUGCUUCUUUCGAUAAUUCUAUCUUGCCUGAUUGCUAGCAUUGAAGCAGGAAGUAUAUGCGGCGCUGACGGGCUUGUUAAGGCGAGGGCCAAGUGCAAGUAUUCUUGUCAACUGAAGGGUUACGGAGGAGGAGACUGUAAAGGAAAGAAGGACUGCUCCUGCGAAGUAAAAGAAAAAAAGAAAGAACUCGACUGCUCCUGCGAAUGCACAUGCUUCCCAUAG